AAAAUUUGAUUUCAUUUGACCGGUAAAAGGUGAUAAACACAACUGUUUUUUAGGGGAAAAAAUGGCUUUAAUUGGAGGUUGUAGUGCCGACGAUGAUUGUGACGUUACACUGAAGGGUGAAGUUGUAAGAGUUGAACCCCUGUUGAAUUUCUUUGAAAUUGUCGGUAAAAGGAGGGAUAAAUGCAGGGUUUACUCGGUGGCGGAGGUACUGCCUGUGCAGGGGGACGUGGUGACCAUUAAAAACCCUAAAAAAGGUGAAAAUUUCUUUCUGAUUUUCCCUGAGACCGAUUACGAGUUUCCUCAGACCACCAAUGUUAAUAAGGAAGAAGGUUUAUGGGCUCGCUUGCUGAAGCUCCCUCCCGUUGAAGGUUUUUACGAAGAAUUCCAGUUUAUUGACAAAUUCAUUAAACAGUUCACCAGGCACAGUCCGGACACCAUUGCCAAAUGUCUCCGGGUGUUUUACAAGGACCAUUACGUCAGGAUGGCCAUUACUUAUUGCUUACAAAAACGCAUUAGUGUGCCGGGAGAUUUAUGUAAAACAAAUGCCAGCUCAGAGGCCUAUAAGGCAUUCGUGAAGUUUCCUGAGGGAUUCGUUAUCCAGCAGUAUCCUAGCCAGUAUGCUUUGGUGGGUCAUAUGAUUAUUGGCAGGAACCAUAGCAACAUGAUCCUGAGGGAUGACUCUUUUUGGGUGUUUGUGAAGUUCUUGGACGGUCCGGUUGAUCUAGAUCUCUAUGAUAAUUGCAUGAUAAUUAUAUGGAGGUACACCCUGGUGGUGGAAAUUUACGAGGACAAGGACAGGCCUUCUUUGUCUUAUAUAUUGGUGGCCGAGAGGGAUGUCACCAGGAUGAUUAGGUCGUAUGACAAGAGGAAUUUGAGGUAUUUGUCUUAUAGGCACAGGCUCCACUGUAGCAAGAGGAUGCGUUAUGAAAUAAUCGUUUCCAAGAGGUCCCAGACAAUUGUUGGUUAUGAUUCGACCGCCCAAUGUUGGUUGGAGGUGAGAUUGAAACAAUCGAACGACCGUUGGAUCAUGUGUUACUUGAUUAUGCCCAAGGAGUUGGUUGGGGCGGCCUCCUUCUUAAAAGAAGACCAUUGCUAUCGGAUUUAUUCAGAUGCCCCGAUGAAAAGAGACAAAGUGUAUUUUUUUAAAGAGUUACGGAUCCAAGGGAACCCGAACCAGGAGCUCCGCCUCCUGGACCCGAGGAGCGUCAUCCAGGAAAUCGAGUUCCCGGAGGACGCCCCCCUCCACCUCUCCCGCUACCACGCGGCCACCUUCGACGAGUUGGAACUGUUCAUGCGACGAACCGACCAUAAAUUCAUGUUCGAUUUGACGGCGAAAAUCCAUCGGAGGGUGAUCGUUCCCAAUAAUUUAUCCCCGUGGUGCCCGCGACGUCACUUCCGGGAACCGUACUUCGGCACCGGAAGUAGUUUACAGGAAAAACUCACGUUUAAGGGUGACGACGCGUCCCGAUGGCCGAUAGACUUGUACCUGUGCAACCAGGAAAAUCAAGUGUGCCACUUUGGGCUGUUGCCCGGGGCAACCGUGCUGAUAACAAACGUGUUGUCGCAAAAGUCGCGUUACCUGCGCACGACCGUUUUUACUAGGGUCGAGGUGCUGGAGUAUCCCAGGCCUAUAUAUAGCUCCGCCCACUUGGUUUUCGAGGAUUUUGAUAGUUGGGUGUGGCACAGACAAUUGAGGACCGCAGGGCCGGAUUUGCAUGUUUUUUCGAAAAUUCUUGCCAAUUCAGUUGUUUAUAGUCCGGUGCUGGUGAGGCACAUAUCCAGCUUCAAAUUGAACGGAGGGGCGCACACUUUUAAAAUGAUUUUGGAGGUGCAGCAGGAGAGAAACACCUUCCUCAUUGAAUCUCUGGAUAUUUUCUUACUGGCAGACCUCCUGGGAAUCACCGGAACUAACCCCGCCGGGGCACGGGCCCGGAAAUGCCUCCGUAGCUACUGCGAGGUGAAACCUUACAAAAUCUUCCCCCAAGUCGCCUUUGAUGCCAAACGACCCUUACACGCGAAAGUCAUCGAGCCCGGAAGGGUGUUCAAGGACCUAAUUUCCUUAAUAACUAAGUUCAUCAACUACGACUUGAAUCCCUUAAUGGAGGUGGUUUUAUUGAGACAAGCCCCGGACCAAGAAGUGCCUUAUCGAGUUAUGUCAUGUGCAUCCUCCCUGGAAUUUAGUGAGUUUUGAGGGUUUUUUUGAGUAUAUUUGCCUAAGGUGUAAACAUGGUCGACGACACGGAGAAGACCGACAGUAAAAAAGCGGCUAAAAAGGAGGCCAAAAGGGCCGAGAAGGCGGCCAAAAAGGCGGAACAUAAGGCCGCCCAAGUAAAACCCAAUAGCAACGACUCGGUCACCGAAGAAG